AUGUCCCAGAGCAGAGUCUUGGACCUUCAAAUCCGCCCUGGUCGCUGGUUCGACGAGGUUGAGCCUCUCCCCUCAACUUCGACCAGAUACAAAAUCAUCGAAGCCUCGGUCCACAUGGGGCUGUCUAUCCUGGAAACUCCCGAGGGAAGGCAAAGCCUAGCCAGAGUUGCUAGGGCCAUCAUCGAAGAGGGCCGGAGCGAACAACCACCUCGUCGUGACAUUUACAAGGGAUCAUUAAAAGACAUGCCCGCCUGGAUAAACAGGUUUCUUACUUCCAUGCGCUUCAACUUCCCUGCCAUAUUUGUACACGAUGAAGUCGGCGGUGAGGCUGAGGCGCAGAGGCUGGACUGGGGUGACAACAUGCGGGAUUAUGAUGCUGGUCUUGGAGGGAGAAUCUCUCUCAGCAGCGCCCUUAUCGACAAUAUGCCCGCUCACCCCCCAGAGGUCAGCUUGCUCCGAUACGGUGACUCGGAAGCUGGCGAAGCGGGGCGGUACUGGGAACAUAUUCUUUUUGGCGGUGUUGUCGAGUUCUGGUCCUUCAACGAUGACCCUAUGAAUGUUCGGCAGACGGGCACUGCCUAUUUCUUCGAGAACGGGGACCGGGAUGCCACGGGUUAUGCUGUCUCACUGGGCUAUAUGAACGAAUUCACAAACCAGGUAUUUACGUUUCCGAUCCGCCGCUCCAGCGAGGCUGUUUUUACGACACGUGCGGCUCUCACACGAGCCAACUGCUCUGAGACGACGAAGCUGCGCACGAGGAGAAGGCAGAACCGUGCUCCGCCGGCCAACUCGCCAGCGCCGGAUCAUUGGAGUGCAAAUAUGCGCUACCGAAUGCCUCCUUCCGGAUCUCAGGGCUACCCCAGAGUUCCCAGCCAGAGUAGCAACUCCCAAGCAGGUGGUUCGGGUAGAGGUUAUGCUUCUCAAUCAGGAAGGCCCAGUCAGGCCUAUAACCCUCCAGCAGGAGGAUCUGGUAGAGGGUACGCCUCUCAGUUGUCAAGGCCCAGUCAGGCUUAUUCCCCUGCAGCAGGAGCGUCAGGUAGAGGCUACAACUCUCAAGCCGGAGAGCCAAUCAGAUCCUCCAAUCCCCAGUCCACGCAGUUGGAUCGACCAUACCCUAACCCCUUUGCACCCCGAUCAUCAGCACCAACCCAACCUUUAUACACUCAGCCGCCAAGCGGCAGUCGGCCCCCUGAGUACUACUACAGACGCUGA